AUGAACGUGUCAGGCACUUUGAGCUUCUUCAGGCUUUUCAGGGAUCCAUCUCUAUGCUUGCCACACCAUACCGUCUCAACUUUCAAUCACCUUCCAAUCCCUCUUUCUCGAGCAUUCAACCAAGCCGAUGGUGAGAAGAAGGUAGAUAUCAGAGCUGUUGUCUUAGACAAGGAUAAUUGCUUUGCUGUUCCCAAAGAGAACGAGGUCUACAAGUCGUACACUGAACGAUUUGAAGAACUCCGUAAAGCAUACCCUGGAUCGCGGUUGUUGAUUGUCUCGAAUUCUGCUGGAACUCUCUCAGAUCCAACAGGAGCAGAAGCAGAUCUCCUUGAGAAGAACACCGGCGUCAAGGUCCUCCGGCAUAACACAAAGAAACCUGGAUGCCACCCGGAUGUGUUAUCUUAUCUUCGUAAUGCCCCGGAUACGGGAGUCACUCAUGCUUCUCAAGUCGCAAUCGUAGGAGAUCGACUAUUCACAGAUGUCAUGAUGGCAAACAUGAUGGGUUCAUACGGCUUCUGGAUCAAAGACGGUGUUGUGGAAGAGAAAGGACUCUUCGUCAAGCUAGAAAGAAGUCUUGCAGGCUUCCUCACUCGUAGGGGUUAUUCUCCGCCAUUUCCCCAAAGCCACUUCGAGUAG